CAAAAGCAAUAAGAGACAAGGGGUUCCUCUGAGUCAACACGCCCUUCUUUUUGUGUCGCUAAUUGUAUUCAGUCUUCAACAUGAACAACAAACUUGACUCCAACCACUUAUAUACUUGAAUCCACCUUCACAAACCAAGCCCCCUCUCUCCAAACAUGGGAAGAGCAAGAGGAAGAUGUGUCACUACUCUCCUCUGUUUCUUCCUUUUUUGUUUCUCCAUUUUUUCCCCAAAACCUUGUACUUCUUCAGAUACCUUAACAAAAUCCCAAAUCCUAAGAACAAACCAAACCCUCUUGUCCCCAAAGGGAAUCUUCCAACUAGGUUUCUUUUCCCCCACCGAUGAUGAUUCCACCUCGUUGUACCUCGCCAUAUGGUACAACAACAUUCUUCCUAGAACAGUGGUUUGGGUUGCAAACAGAGAUACCCCACUUCAGAGUUCCACAGGGUUUCUCCAGAUAGCUGAAACAGGAUCCAUCAACAUAGUUAACCAUUCCUUGAAAUCCAUAUGGUCUUCAAAUCAAACCACACAGCAACCUCAAAACCCAGUUCUCAAGCUCUUAGAUUCAGGGAACCUUGUUCUAAGAGAAUCAAACGAGAACGACGACCCAUCAAAGUUUCUAUGGCAGAGCUUCGAUUACCCUACGGAUACUCUGUUAUCGGGAAUGAAAUUGGGUUGGAACUUAGACACAAACACGGAGAAGCACCUAACAUCAUGGAAGUUCCAAGACCAAGACCCUUCAACCGGAGAUUACUCUUUCAAGAUGAACUUCCAUGGGCUCCCUGAGAUUUUCCUCUGGAACAAGGACAAGAUAACAUAUAGAAGUGGACCAUGGAACGGUGCGAGAUUCAGCGGCGUGCCAGAGAUGCAACCCGUAACGGAUUCAAUCAAAUUCACGUUCCACGUUGAUGAGCACCAAGUGUACUACACAUUCUUCAUCGGGAACGAAUCGUUGUUCUCGAGACUGUUGGUGAGUUCUUCCGGAGAACUUCAGAGGCUGACUUGGAUAGAGAGCACGCAGGCAUGGAACAAAUUCUGGUACGCACCGAAGGACCAAUGUGACUAUUACAGAGAGUGUGGGGCGUACGGCGUGUGCGACGCAAAUGCAUCGCCGGUUUGCCAGUGUGUGAAGGGGUUCAGACCGAAGAACCCGCAGGCAUGGAACCUUCGGGAUGGGUCGAAUGGGUGUGUGAGGAAGACGGAGUUGGAGUGUGAGAGUGACGGGUUCUUGAAGAUGGGGAAUGUGAAGUUGCCGGAGACGACGUCGGUGUUUGUGAACCGGAGCAUGGGGAUCAUGGAAUGCGGAGAAGUGUGCCGUCGGAACUGUUCAUGUACUGGUUAUGCGAAUAUAGAGAUCACCGGUGGGGGCAGCGGAUGUGUCAUGUGGAUUGGCCCCCUCUUAGAUAUCAGGCGCUAUCCUUCCGGUGGUCAAGAUCUCUAUGUCAGGUUAGCAGCUUCUGAUUUGGUUGACACAGAAUCUGGAGAUGGUUCUCACAACACAGCUAAGGUUGUUGGCAUUAUAGUUGGUGGUGCAGCUCUUAUACUUUUGGCACUGGCCAUCUGUCUCUUGUUAUGGAAGAAAAGGAAAUUCCCAUGCAUGUUGGAGAGGGAGACAGUGCACAGAGGUUCUCUGGAAAGGAGUCAGGAUUUGUUGAUGACUGAAGUGGUCUUUUCAAGCAACAGAGAACAGUCUGGUGAAAGGAAAAUUGAUGACUUAGAGUUGCCAUUGUUUGAUUUUAAUACCUUAACAAUGGCUACAAAGAACUUCUCUGAAGAGAAUAAACUUGGACAAGGAGGAUUUGGUGUUGUUUACAAAGGCAGGUUGAUGGAAGGCCAGGAAAUCGCUGUGAAGAGGUUAUCAAAAAAUUCUGGUCAAGGAGUUGAAGAGUUUAAGAAUGAGGUCAAGCUGAUUGUCAAACUUCAACACCGGAAUCUUGUUCGGCUGCUUGGUUGCAGCAUUCAAAUGGAUGAAAAGAUGCUUGUGUAUGAGUACUUGGAAAAUAGAAGCCUUGAUGGGAUUUUAUUUGACAAGGCAAAAAGCUCCUCAUUGGAUUGGCCAAGGCGCUUCAGCAUUAUUUGUGGUAUUGCUAGAGGACUUCUUUAUUUGCACCAUGAUUCCAGAUUUAAGAUUAUCCAUAGAGAUCUCAAGGCAAGCAACAUUCUACUUGACAAAGAAAUGAAUCCAAAAAUAUCAGAUUUUGGAAUGGCUAGAAUUUUUAGCACAAAUCAAACAGAAGCUAAUACAAUGAGAGUUGUUGGAACAUAUGGUUAUAUGUCUCCUGAAUAUGCUAUGGAUGGGAUCUUCUCAGUAAAAUCUGAUGUUUUUAGUUUUGGGGUAUUAGUGUUGGAGAUCAUAACUGGAAAAAAGAAUAGAGGAUUCUACUAUGCAAAUGCUGAACUGAAUCUUCUAGGGCAUGCAUGGAAGCAAUGGAAUGAAGGAAAUGCAUUGGAAUUAAUUGAUUCGUCAAUUGACAAUUCAUAUUCAUCAUCUGAGGUUCUUAGAUGCGUACAAGUGGGGCUCUUAUGUGUGCAAGAGCGUGCAGAAGACAGGCCAACAAUGUCUUCAGUGGUCUUGAUGCUAAGUAGUGAAACUGCAUCAAUGCCGCAGCCCAAAAACCCUGGGUUUUGCCUGGGAAGGAAUCCAAUGGAAACUGAUUCUUCUUCAAGUAAGCAAGAUGAAACGUUCACUGUGAACCAAGUCACAGUCACAAUGCUAAAUGCCAGGUAGUGAAAGAAGCACGACCUUCAUCUAGAUCUAGCACAGUUUGUAUAUUCCCUGAGCUAUAUAGAAAAAAUCUGUUAAUUUUUCCUUUCUUGGUGAUUUUGGGUAACUUCGAGAUCAAGUUUGGUCUUGUUUCAUUGUAAUAUGCAAGAGAUGCUUCAUCAAUUAUUUUUACACAGUUUAUAGCA